AUGUUGGAAGCACGCCUCGAACAAGCCAGUCUCCUGAAGAAGGUGGUCGACGCCAUCAAGGACCUGGUCCAGGACUGCAACUUCGACUGCAAUGACUCUGGUAUCGCGCUCCAAGCAAUGGACAACUCCCACGUUGCUCUUGUCUCUAUGCUUCUGAAGGCCGAGGCCUUUGCCCCCUACCGAUGUGACCGAAACAUUGCUCUGGGAAUGAACCUCACAUCCUUGACCAAGGUUCUCCGUGCCGCCCAGAACGAAGACAUCCUUACCCUCAAGGCCGAGGAUGCACCCGAUGUACUCAACAUCCUCUUCGAGAGCAGCGAGAACGACAGAAUCAGCGAGUAUGACCUGAAGCUCAUGGACAUCGACCAGGAGCACCUGGGUAUCCCCGAGACCGACUACGCCGCCACAAUCUCUCUGCCAUCGGCUGAGUUCAGGCGCAUCUGCACCGAUCUGGCUGCCAUGUCCGAGUCUGUUAGCAUCGAGGCCUCCAAGGAGGGCAUCAAGUUCUCUGCCAACGGUGACAUUGGCAACGGCUCCGUUACCCUUCGCAGCCAGUCCAAUGUUGAAGAAGGAUCCGACGCGGGCAUCAAGAUCGAACUUUCCGAGCACGUUGCUUUGACGUUCUCCCUGAAAUACCUGGUCAACUUCUGCAAGGCUGCGGCUUUGUCAAACCGGGUCAAGAUCUGCCUGUCUAACGAAGUCCCUCUGCUUGUUGAGUACGACCUCGGCUCCAACAACAGCCACCUGCGGUUCUACCUUGCUCCCAAGGUAAGUUGA